GAUUCUUUCACCAGACCGUGAGGUUUUUUGACCAUCGAGAAAGGCUUCGUCGUCAUCGUCAAAAGAACACCAACCAUGUCAGAAGAAAUGGCCAAGGAAGACCUGUCAUGUGUGGAACCUAUCAAAACGAAUGAAUCUAACGAACCCGAACGUUCGUUAAACGGCAACGAGAAGUUUAAUUGAGGUCACAAGUUCACCAUCCAAGAACUAAAUAAUCAGACCGUGAUUAAUGUUUUUGAUGGUUAAGGUUGAGGACCCUAACCUCUCAAAAGAAGGGAAUAUGUCAGAAUAUGAUAGUGCAGGGAGUUAUAGCGAUAGGGAUGCCUCUCCUAGUGGGUAUCGAUCAGAAGGAAGUGUUAAUUUUGAAAGAGAAGAAGGCGACGGUCAGGAAAGUGCACCCACUAAAAAAAUUGAUGAUGACGAAGAUAAGAAAAACCCACAGUAUAUUCCAAAAAGAGGGACAUUUUAUGAACAUGAUGAUAGAACAGGAGAAGAUUUAGAAGAUGAAGAAGAGGUGAAAGACGAUAAAGAUUCUAAAAAAAAAGUGUGGCAGGAUAAAAAGGAAAGGUGGUCACAUGAUAGAUUUAAUGAUAAUGAACAGGCUCCAAAAUCUAGAGCGGAACUAAUUUCAACUUAUGGGUAUGAUAUUCGCAAUGAAGAUGGACCUCCUAAAGCAAGGAGACGUAGACGUUACGGACGUGGACCAAAUAAGUACACAAGAAAUUGGGAGGAUGUUGAUGCUUACGGAAAACCAACCAUAAUAAGAAAACCGCUUAAAAAACCAAGAAGUAGGGGCUCGUUAGAAGAUGGUUCCGAUAAUACAGAAAUUAUUACCGAACAACACGAUAAUAAACAAAAUGAAACCCCUCAAUCAACCCCUAUUCAAGAAGAACAACCAGAACGCACUGAAAAAGAUACUUCGAAGCCUUCUAAACCAGAUGUUCCUCAAGAAGAAAAACCUCACCAUCAACAACCGUUUAAACAUCGCGAAAAUAGAGAACCUAAGGAGUCUAGAGAACAAUCAAAAAACCACCAUUACCAAUCGUCUCAACAAUACCAAGAAAAGUCAUAUCAAAACAAUAAAUCUUCAUCUAGAGUCGGAACCGGACGGAUUUCAAAACCAAAAAGAGAAUUUUCUGAUAGCGAUUAUACAGGGUUUACGAAAAGUCGUCAAUUUAAAAGUACCCCGCCACCUCGAGUGCAUAAUCGCGGUCCUAUUGAACGACCCCAAAACGCACCCAGUAAAAAUGUUCCUGAUUUGGAGAAGGAUAUGGCAAAGAUGAAUUUGCAUGAAGGAGGGGGUUACAAUAAGACGUCUAAUACCAAGCAACAUAAUAACGUACGACAGGGGAGUGUACCCCCGCGUUUGCAAAGUGAACAGAAAGGUUCCAAACGGUAUAGUUCGAUUCGGCAGAGAUCAUUGCCUGAAACCAAUAAUCCACCGUUUGUCCAACACAACACUUAUUAUGGAAAUGAAUACAACCAACAAGGUCAAACAUCACAGCCAACACCCUCACAAACCAAUAUAAUCCCAAACAAUACAAUACACCCAACAACAGCUGCCCAAUUAUCCCAAAUGCCAAACCCGACCCUAACUCCUAUACCGCCUCAGGUUCCGGUCACAACGACCCCAAUUUUACAGGGUCCGCCUCAGUACGCCCCUCCGUUCCCGCCAGCCCCAACCUUUCUGCAGCCUGGGGUGUCCCCUGCCUCAUUUAUACCGCCGCAGAACACGCCUAUUAUUAACUACGGCCAGCCGCAGUACCAGGCACCUUUCCAAGGCUACCAACAACAGUUCAAUACUGUUAACCAACCGACGGAACUGUAUCAGCCUCAAGGCGGCAUAACGUACUAUUCGCCUCAGGAACAACAGGCCGCGCAACGGUCGGUGCCUCAGAAGAGACCAAAGGCUGCAAUUCCGAUCGUAGCUCCGCCUGAACAUCGCGGGAGAGGACGGAAACCCCAACAACAAUUGGCCGAAGUGGGACAGCAGGACCCGUCUGGUGAACCUGGUCUUGAAGCGACGAUUAUGGAAGGUGAAAAGUUUGAGGAUGCGGUCACGGCUCAAUGAUCCAAUUAAUUUACUUAAAUAUUCGUUGCUUCCUUUAUUCGCAUAAUUAGCAUACAUAUUAUAAUUAAUUGGUGAAGUAGAAGAGAGCUAUUUAUUUUUGUUUAUAACUUAUUUCCGAAAUUUUAGAGGGACAAUUCCAUAUCAAAUUUAAUAAUAAUAUUAAUAAUUGAUUAUAUAUUAUGGUUUAGUUAUUUAUUGGAUAUCUAUCGCUUUUUUUCUUUUUCAAUUAUGUUAUUAUUUUAUGAACUUCAUCUUAGAAUUUCAUAACGGUGUUUUCUUUUAUAUUAAUAAGAAUGAUACUAUAUAUAUCGUGAGUUAUUAAAUAUAUUAUAAAAAAUGUA